AAAGUUUACAUGAAAUGCAACAGCUGAUUUAGUCUGUGAAAAAUGCCAAAAUGUCCGAUGUCCGUUGAGGUUGCAUAGUUUUUCGAGGGUGUUUCAAUUUAAAACUGCACGUUUUUAUAAACUACUCACAAUUUUUGCAUAAAUAUGCUUUCCUCGUGAUAUAUUGGAAGUUUUAACACAUUCUGCUGACACAUUCUCUGCAUUUCCGCCCGCAUAAUCAUAGCAAAAGUUUUGUGAUUUUGUCGUUACAAAGUUUACGGAAGCGGGACAAUGGCAUCAUUUAGAAUUCACGAGGAUCAAGAAAAUACUGCGUUGGGUUUGAGAAAAGAUGCUGAUGUAUUCUCAGCCGCCACCCAGCGCCGCGCCCUCGGGGACCUCAGCCAGUUCGCCUGCCAUCAGAACCGAAAUAUAAAACAUGCAGGAAUGACGAAUGGGCCUUGCAAAGUUCAAGAUGAGAAUAGAACGGUGCGUCAGAUCAAAAAUGAAAAAAAUAUUGUACCCCCUGUGGCUCAAUUUCGCGCGUUCAGUGUGUACGAAGACAAGCCUACAGAAACCGAGGUUAAAAAACGGGAGCCCACAUUUAAGCCUUUUGUAGCCAAAGAGAUCAGAAAGGACAACUUCUUUAUCAAUGCAGCAGAGAAUGUUAAGGCAUUAUGUGCACAGAUGGAAAAGAAAAAAGAACCAGAAGCUGUUCCAGUUAGACUUCCAUUGCAAGAAAAGACAGAUAUUGAAAAAGAAAAUGUUGUGGAGUCGCCAAUGUCUGUUGUUGACUCGAGCAUCCUGUCCAUGUCAAUCUCAAAAAAUGAGAGCCAAAUCCGAGAAGAUGAUGAAGACACUACUACAGCGCAGACUGAUCGAGAGAUGUUCUUCCAUGUUAUAGAGUACAGAGAGGAUAUUUACGACCAUAUGAGGAAUAUUGAGGUAAAGAACAGAGCCAAUCCGCGCUACAUGCGCAAGCAGCCAGAUAUCACACACGUCAUGAGGUCCAUUCUCGUGGACUGGCUGGUGGAAGUGUGUGACGAGUACGGGCAACAGAGCGAGACCCUGCACCUCGCCGUGUCGUACGUGGACCGCUUCCUGUCUUACAUGAGUGUAGUACGCACCAAACUGCAACUUGUGGGCACCGCAGCUACUUACAUUGCCUCGAAAUACGAAGAAGUAUAUCCACCAGAAGUGUCAGAGUUUGUGUACAUCACCGACGACACGUAUACCAAAAAAGAAGUGUUGCGCAUGGAGCACCUGAUCCUCAAGGUGCUGUCGUUCGAUCUCACCACGCCCACCGCUCUUGCCUUCCUGUCGCUCUUCUGCAUCACCAACAAAUACCCCAAGAAGAUCUUUUUCCUAGCUGCUUACAUAGCGGAGCUAUCGCUGCUAGAGGCCGAGCCGUACCUGCAGUUCAAGCCGUCGGUGAUCGCGGCGGCCGCGCUGGCCACGGCGCGGCACUGCCUGCUGUGCCGCCGACACGGCUGCCACGAGCGCGAGCAGGGCGACGACUCCGUGCACGAGGAAUGCGCUGCCGUCGCCUGGCCGGCCGAGCUCGUCGAAUUAGCGGGCUACUCGCUGCCCGAGCUCGGCGUGUGCGCGCGCGAGCUGAGUCGCACCCACGCGCACGCGCGUCUGCAGCCCUACCAAGCCAUCCCCGACAAGUACAAGAGCAACAAAUACGACGGAGUUUCGACAAUCGAAGCCAAGCCAAUGUUCCCCGUGGCGAAGUACCAGGCGCCCGCCGCCGCGCGUGCGCCGCUGCCCGAGCCCAAGGCGGGCUAGCGUGACCACAAUACCAUCCUAGCCUAUACCAUGCACGAUAUAGGGUGCGCCCGCACUGCAGAUAUUUACUGCGCGAUUUUUUCCCUCACAAUUGAGGAUUUGGUAAACAGAACUGGACUAGUCCCCAAAAUGAAAUUUCACUGGAUAGGAAAAACAGACUACAAUUGUAUUUUUAAGAUCUUUAGUAUUGGAUUAAUCCGGUUUUGUUUGAAAACACACUUUUUGAGGCUAUAAAUAAUAUCAGUGAUUGACGUAACGUUAGCGUUUGAGUUAAAAAGGACUAGUGCGGUUCUGUUCGCCAUCUCAUCAUCAUUCUGUGACACACACAUUGAGAAUAAAACUGACCCUAUCCAAAAACUAUUUUUUUUCAAUAUGACCAUUUAAAGAUUUACAUUUAGCAAUUGAGUAUACUCGUAACGUGGCACUAGUGUCAUCUUAGGUCAUAAAAUUUAUCAAAAUUAGGAUUUUUAACAUGUAUGAGUAUGUUUUUUCUUGCAAAAUUACAGCUAAAAAUACAGUUGUAACUUAAAACUGUCAAUUUUUGGAUAGUGCCAUUUUCGUUUUUUAUGUGCCAAUGAAAAUUGUGUGAAGCCGUACACACACUGAAAAAAUACACAAAUGCUUUUAUAUUUAUUCCAUAUAUCACAAAAUUUUUCGGGAAAAACUGUGCGGUGUAAUUUCACAGUGUGUGAUGACUCUUAGGCGCAGGUAAAAAUUAAAAACUCUCAGGCUGAGAUCUAUAGUGUUUGGUACGCGACAGGUCGAGAUGGCAAUCGGGGUAAGAAGCGGGGGGACGCCCCGAAUACCUGCGCGGCACCUGCGCUAUCCCGCACCGGGGUUCCAUAUCCAGCUCGACCUGUCGCGUACUACAUAUAUACUUUGGAUUAGAAGAAUAUAAAGACGUUAUCUUUUUUGAGUAUCGUAACACUAACGUUUGAGUAAGAUGGACUUAUAAUAAAAACAAGAGCUUUAGUCCAUUUUAUUUCCUAAUAUUACAUGGAUCUCAAAUCAACUAGUUUUACAGCUCUGGGUUCCGAGAGUUUGAAGAAAAAUUUAGUCUCACAGACUUAUCAAAAAGCUAUUAAUAAAACAUAUCUGAUCCAAAGAGGCCUAUUUUCAAAACCUGUCAUACCUAAAACUCUUGACGUGACCACGUCUGUUCGCAGUGGUCCCACCCAUGUCUACUUUAGUCUGUGUGCCUACAUGAUAUUUAUUUCAAUUAUGUUUCGUAAAUCUAACUUAUAAGAAGGAAAUCUUUUUACUUUACUAAUAAUUAUUUUCUUCACAAAGUUUGAAGACAAUAGUACAGGUAUUUAAUCUAGUUUACAGUGUUCAAUGUUGGCAUUUACUAAAGUUAAGACUCUUAAAAAUUUUAGAUGUAACAAUUUUAAAUGGAAAUAUGCGCGUUUUUUUACCGCGCUGAUUAAAAUUUUUGUAAUUUUAGUUGACUGUCUACAGAUCGCUAUGCCUUUGUAAGCAUAUUUUAUUAUUGUGUCCCUCCAUUUUUAUCAAUUGAUGUAAACAUCAAAAAAGAUGAUUUGGGCUGGUCGUACGAAACGUCGCAACGUCAUCUCAAAAAAAAUCAGGUAGGUAGUCAAAAACAUUUUUUUGCGGCAAUUUUAUGUUCAGUUUGUCGAUGUUUUGUCUCGUGAUAGAUAGAUCACACUGGUUCUUUGUGACUUUGCGAACUGCUAAGACUUAUUCGCUAUUAGAUAGUUUAAAAAAAAUAUUGUUGUAUUGUGAUUAACUUGUGGACCAAUUUAAUAUAACUAGGUAAUUGUCAUAUUAAUUACAUGACAGUAGUUUUAAAAAUAAUUGUCUACUUUUAGCAUAUACAGUAGUAACAAACAGAUAAUUGAUAAACGAUACUGCAUUUAGCAUUAAAAAGUUGAGCUAUUUUAGUUUUUGUAGGAUUUCGGAUUUUAAACGAAGCGAGGUAAUGUUUAUUUUGAAAUACCACUUCUUAGCGCCUAUUUUCAUGUUUGUUAGUAAAUUAUUAUUAUUAUUUUGAGAUAUAAGGUAUGUUUUUAAUAUUGAUAAGUAAUUUUUAAUUUAAUUUAAUAUAAAAUCCAUAUUUUGCUCCACUUUUGCGAUUGGAGCUAGGGACCUAUAAUAAUAUAUAGAUUUAAAAAUAA